GCAAUAUGGAAGGUGAUCAUGCAAGCCCUAAGUCACCGGAAAAACCAAACUCCGGUGAGCAAGCUACCGGCACCCGGUCUUAUGACUGUAUCUUCUGCAAGAGAGGCUUUUCAAACGCUCAAGCUCUUGGAGGACACAUGAACAUACACCGAAAAGAUAAAGCUAGAGGCAGCAAACAACCACCAUUCGACGAUGUUCGAUCAUCGGUUAUUAUCAAAGACACAUCGAAAGUCCGGUAUAAUGAUCAUAUAAGUGCAAGCUUACCUUUCAAGUGGCCAUGGAUGACUCCAAGAGAUCAAGACAAUAAAGAAGAUGUUCGAAGAGAAGAUACCGGUCAGGAAGACGGGGAGACGACGUCGUCGGUGAUGGAGCUUGAUUUAGAGCUUCGUCUUGGCCCUGAGCCCUCUAGGCCAACCAUGAGUCUCAAGGAAUUUUUGUGACCUAGAGACUAGUAUUGUAUUAAUUACUACA